CGUGUAAUCACAUGUCAGGAAAAUUACACUAAAUAUAGUAAUUCUGUGAUAAACAGACUGUAGCCUCAUACUGUUCCUUAGAUGAGAUACGAGGAAGUUUCUGAUUUGGGACACCCUGUGUAGUCGCGGUGUGCGCACGCGCAUAUAACCGAGGUGCAACGGACGGAUAGACGCACUCGCACGCACGCCUCCGUCACAAACAUAUAAAAUGCGAGUAAUACUAGCGGCGUUGGCUGUCCUGGCAGUCGCGACUACCGCGAAAGAAUCGGACAGCAGAGCGCGCAUAGUAUGUUACUUCAGCAACUGGGCGGUGUACCGUCCCGGGGUAGGCAGGUAUGGAAUUGAGGAUAUACCUGUAGACAAAUGCACUCACAUUAUAUACUCCUUCAUCGGUGUCACCGAGCACUCUAAGGAGGUUCUCAUCAUCGACCCAGAGUUAGAUGUAGAGCAGAAUGGCUUCAAGAACUUCACUGCAUUGCGUGGCUCCCACCCUGACGUCAAGUUCAUGGUGGCGGUGGGAGGCUGGGCCGAGGGAGGCUCAAAAUACUCGCAAAUGGUAGCACAGAAGAGCACGCGCUUGAGUUUCGUUAGAAGCGUUGUUGAUUUCCUAAACAAAUACGAGUUCGAUGGCUUGGACCUUGAUUGGGAAUACCCCGGUGCUGCUGACCGAGGUGGCUCCUUCUCCGAUAAGGAUCGCUUCCUGUACCUCGUGCAAGAAUUACGACGCGCCUUCAUCAGAGAGGGGAAGGGAUGGGAACUGACAGCGGCAGUACCAGUUGCAGCGUUCAGACUUAUGGAGGGUUACCAUGUACCUGAUCUGUGUCGAGAAUUGGAUGCUAUUCACGCGAUGACUUACGAUCUGCGUGGUAACUGGGCUGGCUUCGCAGACGUCCACUCGCCGCUAUACAAGCGUCCCCACGAUCAGUGGGCUUAUGAGAAACUAAAUGUGAACGACGGUCUUAAUCUUUGGGAAGAAAAGGGCUGCCCGUCUAAUAAGCUGGUAGUGGGUAUUCCGUUUUACGGGCGUUCGUUUACAUUGUCAGCGGGCAACAAUAACUAUGGUCUGGGGACUUAUAUCAAUAAAGAGGCCGGCGGAGGAGAUCCCGCGCCUUACACCAAUGCUACUGGCUUCUGGGCUUAUUACGAGAUCUGUACUGAAGUAGAUCAGAAAGAUUCUGGCUGGACUAAAAAGUGGGAUGAACAUGGAAAAUGCCCCUACGCGUUCAAGGGAACACAGUGGGUUGGAUACGAGGAUCCGCGGAGCGUGGAAAUUAAAAUGGAUUGGAUAAAACAGAAGGGUUACCUCGGAGCGAUGACGUGGGCGAUCGAUAUGGAUGACUUCAGGGGUCUGUGUGGUCCCAAAAAUCCUCUAAUUAAUAUCCUCCACAAAGAAAUGUCGGGCUACACCGUUCCCCCACCCCGCACCGGACAUACCACCCCCACACCGGAAUGGGCGCGGCCACCGUCGACACCUAGCGACCCAGCUGAGGGCGCCCCUGUGAUCACCACGACUACAAGGCGACCCACUACUACAAUGUCUACUUCCACUAAGACUACGACUAUUAAAUAUACAACUACUCGUGUGACGACAACAACAGAAGCUGCCAGUGAAGCACCUGAACCUGAACCGGUCAAUGACCAUCCCGAGGAACCUCCAACGGAAAACGAAGUUGACAACCCUGAUAUCUGCGAUACGGAGGACGAUUACGUGCCUGACAAGAAAGCUUGCGAUAAGUAUUGGCGCUGCGUCAAUGGAGAACCAGUGAGAUUCACAUGUCAACCAGGGACCGUAUUCAACACCCAUCUCAAUGUUUGUGACUGGCCACAAAAUGCUAAGCGACUUGAUUGUAAUUAAACCCAGAAAAAAAACGCAACACGCUCCAGACAUUAAAACGUACAAAUGUGUUUCUUUUACCAAACACGUGCUUUAUAAUUCUUGAGCGUGUCAGUAAUAAUGGAGGGAAAGUUUUUGCAUUUGAUUUACUGCUGUUUGUUUUUUUUUAUAAUUUGCGGCGUAAUUAUCGUGUAAUCUAUGUAGAUAGACAUCACUAAAAUUGUAAAAUACAACAGUCCGUUGACAGCUGUCAAAUUAACUUGUUCGAAAUUUAAACACUAAUAAGAAAUUUUAAAUUACUCAAAAUAAUUUUAAUUUUGAUUGAUAAUUCAUAGAAAUAUAAAGUCAUAGUAUUUGUUUCGUAUUUUAAUUUCUUUUUUUCUUUUAGCUGUCAUAACGGACUUUUAAUAUUUAAAAACUAGAACAGUUUCAGUAUCAGACUUGUACAAUUCGAAGUAAUAUUGAUACUGAGAUUGUUUUACUUUACCAACGAACAUUUUAGAAUAAAAUUGAUUGCUGCUCAAAUUAUAUAAAGGAAUUUAUAUUUUAAAUCUGAAAAGCCACGAGAGCUUGUACCAUAAGUAAUCCUAUUCAAGUUUCAUAUAGUUUAUAAUUUGAAAAUUGGUUCAACGGAUUUACGAAGUACGAAGAUUUGCGUACGUAACUUUUGGAUUUAUAUUCUAAGAUAUUGUGAUUGCUCAUUAAUAAUAAUUUGUUUGUAUUUAGGUUAAGUUAUAAACAUUGUUGUGUGACAUUUUAAGCAAAAAUUAUAUCUUAUCUAGUACUUAAUUCGUUGGGAGCUGGGAGCCAAUUAUAGCUCUUGGCUUCCGUUGAAUUUAAAUGGCUUUCCAGCCUCCCCCCAAUCCCCACCACUCGUCGGAAAUGGACGCCGCUUCCCUUAGGUUAAUUUAUUUAUUUUUCCAAUAAAAUAGU